CUCCUUCUCCUUUUUCCCCUCUCCUUCCCUCUCACUUAAAUGCAAUGUAUUUUCUCUUGGUUCUGCAGGUGAAGGUUUUUCUCCCCCAGCUGGAGCUUGGCUGAUAGAUUCAGUGCAGGAGCAGUCUCCUUAUUUGCAAAACCUGCAGCCCUGGGCUGGAUGAGCUGCGAUUCCAGCAACUAGAAAUGCAAAGAAAUGCUCUUGGUAGCAGCAAAGGGACUGAGGAGUGGGUGCUGAGAGGUGUCUGAGGCAGCAGUGGCCUGUGGGGAAGUUGUAAACCUCUGGCACGGAUGUUUUGAUUAGCACUGCGGCUGGCCUUUCCUGCUGACCGUCACCCAGCUGAGGCGAUGGCUUGCAGAGAGCUCAGCACCGGGACUCCCCAGGGCCCGGCACAAUCCCGCAGCAUCCAGCCCAUGCCGUGGGGACCCUUCCUCAUCACUGAGCCCCGGUGCCAGCUCCGACGGGGCCACUGCUGAUCGCAGCCACAGCUCGGGGACGCAGCAGCGCCUGUCACCUGCUUUCAGCGCCGGAGCUGCGAUGCUGGAUGACACGGCAGAAACGAGUGCGGUAUUUAGGGCACGCUCAGCGCCGGGGGCAGGGGGAUGGGAAUUCAUUAGCGGCGCCGCGUCUCUUUUAAUCAAGAGGCAGGUGCUGCUUCUCCUCGGGCUGCAGGCAGGGGUGGUGAUGGAGGAGCUGCGGGGAUGCAUGCUGAGCGGGGGGAGAGGAUGGGGCUGGUGAUGCUCGGGAGGUGUUCGUGCCAGGGAGAAAGAAAUAUUACUUAGGGUGCCCUAGCAGGGGUGAGACGUGGCAGGACGGACAAAACCAGGAGAUAGCCAGGUGAGGCCUCUUGCAGGAAAGCCCCCAAGUGAUGCCCAGCACAGAGGCUGGGAACCAGGCUGCAUUGCCUGCCCUGGCAGCCACCGGAGCACCGUGAUCUCUUCCAGCGCUGAUGCUCUGAUACUAAAAUAUGAAUUACUGUGCCAAAAAAAAACUACAUUUCCCAGUUUCCCUUGCAGCCCAGGGGAAUAAGUAAUUGGAAGAUUUAAAUAGACCAGACCAGAAGCAACCAACCUUUGGCACAAAGCAUUUCCCUCCUCUUCUUCCAAUCUAUUGGCUGUUUAACCUUUUUCCCUGGCACUGGAGUGGCUGCCAAGCCUGGCAUUAACUUUCCUUCCAAGCUUGCUAGGCCCAUGAAGUAAACAGCCAUGUGCAUUCCUUACUCUAUAUUUAACAGCUGCAGUCUGUGCUGGGGGCAACUGCAACCGAGGGGAACCUUUGUAGCUUCCCAAAUCCCCAGCUCCUGAGGGUGGGAGUGGGGGAAGCUUUCCGCUGGGAGAAGAGGGAUUUCUCUCCUUCCCGGUGUUUGCAAAGCAGGUUCCGUUAGCGAGAGACUGCAAUGCCAGCAUCCCAGCCACGGUCCAGGGCGCGAGACAGGAGCAAUGUCCUGAACAGGGCUGAGUUCCUCUCCCUGAACCAGCCCCUGAAAGGGACCCAGGAGAGCAGGAGCCAGGGGAGGAAGCAGAGCGGCCAGGCGGGAGCAGCCGGCCCCCAGAACAGCAGCCCCAAGGAGCGGAGGCAGUCGCAGCAGCUGCCCGAAGAGGACUGCAUGCAGCUCAACCCCUCCUUCAAGGGAAUCGCCUUCAACUCCCUGCUGGCCAUCGACAUCUGCAUGUCCAAGCGGCUGGGAGUGUGCGCCAACAGAGCGUCGUCCUGGGGAGGCGCCCGCUCCAUGAUCAACCUCCUGGGGAUAACGGGGCACGGGAUCCCCUGGAUCGCGGGCACGCUCAUCUGCCUGGUGAAGAGCAGCACGCUGGCAGGCCAGGAGGUCCUCAUGAACCUGCUGCUAGCCCUGCUGCUGGACAUCGUGAUCGUGGCGGGCCUCCAGAAGCUGGCCAAGAGGAAGGGCCCGUACGACGUGAGCCCCGGCUUGUUGGACUACCUGACCAUGGACACCUACGCGUUCCCGGCCGGGCACGCCAGCCGGGCGGCCAUGCUCUCCAAGUUCUUCCUCAACCACCUGGUGUUGGCCAUCCCCCUCCGCAUCCUGCUGGUCCUUUGGGCCCUCUGCGUGGGCUUUUCCCGCGUCAUGAUCGGACGGCACCACAUCACCGACGUCCUCUCCGGCUUUGUUUUCGGCUACUUGCAGUUCCGGCUGGUGGAGUUGAUAUGGAUGUCUUCCAACACGUGCCAGAUGUUGAUAUCGAUCUGGUGAACGUGGGGGACUUGGCGCCUUUGCACUGGAAACUAGCAGAUACGUUCAGAGUCUCCCUCCCAGUAUUUUCUACGUGUUGUUUGUCGGAAACAGCUGUACCUUCCAUGAGUAGUGGCGUUUUUUAAUGUUGCUUCCCCUCCUGAAAAAAGAGUUUCUUGCAAUGGGUUGGGUUUUAGCACCCAAGGGCCGUGCCUGUGAUUUUGGCCGUAUUCUCAAACUAUAUUUGGACAGCAACCAAAUUAAGCUUUACGGGUGAGAAAAGUGAGCUACUUGUCUGCCUUGGGGUGGCUCACAGCAGCACCACGGUACGUCCUCAGCAUGGGCAGCGCCUGAGAGCCUCCUGAGGACACGUUCGUUAACGUUUUUGAGGCUAAAUGAUGUGGGCCGCAGUGCUGUGACUGUGUCUGGUACAGUCAGGGCACUGCUGGCGUUUCGCAGUUAAUAAAUAAUCCUAAAAAUCC